AUGUCGAGCCAUAACGCUGAAGAGCCACUUCCAGAGCAAUACCAAAGCCCUCACGAGAUUUAUCCUUCAGAUCUUGAAAAAAGCCCCGAUUCGAGUGACUCAGAUGAGUUCGAUAUUCCUGAUGGAGGUUAUGGCUGGCUUGUGGUGCUAGCCAUCUUCCUCAUCAACGCUAACACAUGGGGAGCCAACUCUGGCUUCUCUAUCUACCUUGCCCAUUAUCUAGAGCAUAAUACCUUCUCAGGUGGAGAUAAGUAUGACUACGCAUUGGUUGGGGGUUUUGCCUUUGGCUUGGGGCUUAUUUUUUCCCCCUUGAUCAACAAACUACACGGAAUGAUUGGAACGAAGCCUACCAUCAUCAUUGGAUCGUGUAUUCAGUUUGCCUCCCUCAUGAUGGCGUCCUUCGCUGUCAGUCUAUGGCAAUUGUACUUGACGCAAGGUUUGCUAAACGCCAUUGGAUUAGCAAUGGUGGCACUUCCAGGGUUUGGAAUUCUUCCACAGUGGUUUAAAAAGAAGCGUGAUAUUGCGAGCGCCAUCGCUGCUGGUGGCUCGGGUGUGGGUGGUACCAUGUAUAAUUUGGGUAUGCAGAAAGUGUUGGAAACAAGAGACGUCUUCUGGGCUUUGCGUGCUCAGAGUAUCAUUAUCUUUGGUCUUCUUUGGAUCGCAAUUUUUCUCAUUCGUUCAAGAAUGAAAAAUAGCAUCGAAGUCGGCCUUUACGACACCCAGUGUUUGAAGUCAGUGGGUUUUUGGAUCUUGGUGUGCUACUGUAUCACAUGUAUGCUUGGAUACGUUAUCGUCUUGUACAAUAUGGCUGCCGUGACCACGACUUUGGGUUACAGCGCAUACCAGGGUUCAAUCGCCGCUGCAAUGGUCCAAGUGGGUUCCUUCUUCGGCCGUCCAUUGGUCGGCCUAAUUGCACAAAAAAUAGGACCAGUCACUGCAACACUUUUAGCAUACAUUCUCUGCGCCAUCUUCACAUUUUCAAUGUGGAUUCCUGCCCGUAACUUGCCCACCAUAUAUGCGUUCUGUAUCAUAAUGGGAGGCCUCAUGGGCACAAUUUUUGCCACAAUGCCACCAAUUCUUGGCAAGCUUUUUGGCUUAAGGAAGGCUGCCACAGCAUUUUCCAUGGCAUGGAUAUUUUUGGGUCUAUCCGGUAUCGCGUCUCCCGUCAUUGGCCUCGCGCUUAAGAGACAAAUCGAUGAUCCAACCGCAUACGUUCCAUGUGCCAUUUUUGCUGGCUGUGGUUUCACCGCUUGCUCUUUAACUCUUCUUGUCAUGAGAGCAUAUCUAUUAGCGCGGAUUAAAUUGGCUGGUCCUCUAGACCACGAUCAAGGUCAUAUGCACAUCAUUGUGCCUUUUAGCGAACCAUUGAAGCAUAUCCUUGACUUUGCUCUCGUUUGA